AUGUUAGCAGUGCUACAAGUUGGAUUGCUUGGUUUUGUGAGUAUUCCGACUUUUUAGGAUUCCCUCUUAGAAUUCCACAUAAACAGACAUCUGAAUGGGCUAUAAAUAGAAAUGAACAUCAUAUAACAAGAAAUAUACAUCCAAUAUUAAGCCUAUUUUAAUCAAAUAUUUGGUGUGAGUGCCCAUCUAAGGCAUUAUUGCUUUGGUGAAUUUUAAAACUAUUCAUCCUGGAAUUUGAAUACUAAAUAAAUACCCCCUUAUUCAUUUACAUCUGGCCAAUAAACAGAGGAGUACUACACCGUGGCCUGGAGUCAUUCUAAUUAUGCCUAAUUGGAAUCCUUGCACAAAACAGACCCUAUGUUAAGUUUUUUCAUUAAUAAGAUUACCUAAUCGCUUAUACUAUCAGAUAUCAUCAUAAACAACACAAGAUCAUCGUCUCAAGACCAAUAUCUCACUUCCUAAGAGAGUGAAAAUGAAUCAAAAUUGAAUCCCCUCACCUAUACUUCUUUGAUGGUUCAUUGCACAGACUCUCUGGUUGUGAGAAUGCCAUAAUUCACCAAAAAAUAAUAAAAUUUGUUGAAGCAUUUUAAUACUGCUGAUUGGCUACCAACUCAGAGAUUUAAGUUAGACUCCACUUUAAACUUUUCAAUGUCUUAUGCAGAUAAGGAUGAAUUCUCAGAAAACUCGUAAUUGACGAUAACGCAAACCAUUUCGUAAGAUAGCUUGAAGUAAUGCUUCUUGACUGCAAAGAUUUCAAAUUCAUAUCUCGAAGAGUUGACAAUAAGACAUCAGCAAUAGCAUAGCAAUUAGAUGGAGGUUGAACAUUAGUUGUUUACUGCCAUAAUUAAUGAUUAAUUCACCACCUUAGCCCCGUAAGAUUUGAGCAAUAUGGCUAUUUCCGAAUCUAUUGUUAAAUACAUAGUAAAAACUAAAGAUUUCAGCUAAUCUUCUUAUAAUUCCUUGAUUGAAAACAUGGCACCUCUGAUAUUGGAUAAAUCUAAAGAAUUAGUCAAGGAUGCAACUCUAAAUUAAACGUCCUUGACAUAUUCGUUUGGUUCUAAUAAGUUUUAUUUGCUAUUUUUUAAGAUUAAUAUCUAAUCCACAAAGAAAGUGUCUGUUAUUACAGCUCCUGAAAAUGGGAGAAGAUAUGUGUAUAUAGAACCAAAUGAAAACAAUUUCACGUUGCCUUCCUUUAUCUUGGUUCAUUACUUUGAGGAACAAACCCUAAUUCAAGAACUCUAUUAAGGCACUUCACUAAAUAAUGUUAGGAUGUUGGAGAUUAUCGUUUUGAUUGUCAUCAUUGCACUAUCAGUUGUCAUAUUUCUAUUUGUUUGGUUCACAGCUGCUCGAAUUGGUUAAUCAUUUGAGUAGCCAAUCAAUGUUUUAACUGAAUUUAUGAAUGGUAUUGACAUCUAAAACAUGGAUCAGGAGGAAGUAUUGAUUAAUUAUUAGGAUUAUUUCAAUUCCUUUGAGAUUAAAUCCCUAUUUCAAACCAUGAACAUUUUUGUUACAACCAUCAAAUAUUCCAAUCAGAAGUAUUCUAAUUUUAAACAUUCUGAUGCCUUGGCUUUGAUGGAAUUAAGUAGAGCAAAGGACUUUUACAAGAAAGAGAUAGGAAACAUGAGUGCAGUUGGAAUAUGUGCCAAUAAUAUUGGGAUCUUGCAUAUGAAGGGAGGCAGAGUAUUUGAAGCCAUAAAUGAAAUGGAAGAAGCCAUCUAUAUAGCAAAAUUAGAGUUGAUAGAAAUCAAGGAACUUAAAAAAUGGUGUUUAAGUAUGCAGGCAGCAUUGUAAGAACCAAAUCUGUAUCAAAAUUUCAAAUUAAGAUUGAAAGGAUUGGCCUAAAGAUUUAAGGAAUAAAUGAAAAUCAAUUGGAUAAGCGUGCAAGUAAAGAAGGGGGAUAGCAAAAACAAAAGGGUAAACAGUUAAUUAAAAUAAAACUCACAAUCUCUUGUCAAUAAACCAAAAGGAUAGCAUAUUAGAAAUUAAUCUACAACUCUAUUAUUAUAAAAAACCAAUCUACCUCACGUUGCAUUAUUCAACACUGGCACACAAAAUAAAAUCACCUAAAUUCAAACCAAUUCUAUCCAAACUCCAAUCUACAAGAAGAGAAUUUCAUUUGCAGAAAGUAGAUAACUUAUGUUACCAAUUAAUUCAGUAGAAUUUGAGAAUUCACCACAUCUAUCUGCCUAACUAUCUCCAAAUGUAUCUAUAAACAGAGCCAGGAAUCAAGGCAGUCACUCAUAUAAUUAAAGUAGUAUUAUAAGUUAGAGAUUGGACUUGAAGGAGAGCAUUAUACAAUAAGAUGAAAGAUACAAGGAUGAGGAGUAUAGACAAGAUCAAGAAGAAAGGGUAAGAGGAGAUUCUAGAUUCUCUACAGGAGGAAUGACAGAAUUGUAAAUGAUAGAAGAAAAGAUUACAGAGUUGAUGAAGAAGAAAAAAUUAGCCAAAGCAAAAUUGUUAAAUAGACAGUUUCAACUUGCAUAAUUCAUGUUCACAAUUUGUAUGCAGAAUGAAAUUUUCAUACCAGAAACUCUCAAAUUAUUUAAUGAAUUUGAAGCCAUAGCAGAAAAGGAAUAAUAAUUCACUUAAAGCAAUGUUGUUAGAUUGUUAAAUCUUCAUGUUAAAAAGGCCUUGUGUUAUAUCUAAAUUGGAGACUUGAGUAAUUUCAAAAUAUCUCAAAAGAAGGCCUUAGAUUACUACAGCAAACUAAAUGAGGACUUUGCUUUAGAAUAAAAUCAAGCAGAAUAGGAUUACAACUUUGUUGACAUGUUCAAAAAUGUACCCAAAGAAGUCUUGCUCUCUAAGAUCACACAACUAUAAGCCAUAUACGAAUUAAUUGAAGGGAACUUCAAAACUGGUGCUGAGAUUUUAACUUAAAUCAUUGAAAUGGGGGAAUACUAUGAUCCUGAAGUACGUGAUUUCUGUUUAACAGCUCUAGAGAAAAUUGUAAAUCUGUUUAAUAUUUCUCCUCUGCCCAUCCAAUAAUUCAGAAACCAAAUUUCAAUCAAUAUCUACGAGGUCGUAUUCAUGAUUGAUUAUUCAAAAGAAAUGAAGAUAGAGCAGAUUAAUUUGUCUCAUAGUAUUUGUAACAAAAUUUUCCAUAUACUGCAACCUCAAGAUUUGAUUGGAAUGUAUGGGUUCAAUAAUUCUCUUCAUGAAGCUUUCCCUUUGUAACCUAAAGGGACUUAUAAAGAUUUAUUGACUAAACAAUUGUUCAUGGCUAUCACCGCUCCAGGAGGAAAAUCAAAGAUAUCGGAAGCGCUAAAAUAUGCUGUUAGGAAUUUCUUUGAACAUAAGAUUACCAUCACUGAUAGUGACUAUGAGAAGAAGAAAAGCAAACAUUUUAGUGAAAAGCAAAAAAAGCAAUUACCAACAGUUGCAGAGGAGGAUGAAAGGUAAAGUUUAAUUGAAGAAAACAUAGAUGACAAGAUCAAAAAUGAAAAUUUUAAUGAGGAUUGUUAAUAUGAUUUAAAUAGUGAGUCAGACUCUGAACCCGAGGACGAUGAUUUAAAAUUUAUUAGAAACGAAAUCGAUCAUUGCAAUAUCACAGAUAAAGAAUAACCAAUAUAAACAAAUGAUUUUAGAACUAGGUAUAAAUAUAUUUGUAUUUUCACUGAAAUAAAUGUUAAAAUGACCGAGAAAUAGUUUUUAAAGUUGAAAUAAGUACUUGAAAAGAAUAAAGUUGAUCUUAUGGUAUUUAAUAUUGCUAAUCAAAAUGCUAAUAUGUUGGAAUUGAAGAAACUUUCUAAUAUUACUCCAAGAAGUAUCUUUGUUAAUGCUACUGCGAAUUUGGAAUAGUUGUUUGGCAAAUCAAGAUAACAUCAGUUAUAAAAGAAAAUGUACUUAGAAUUUUUUUGA